CAUAGUAACGCCCUUCGUCUCAACAUUUGGGCGCUUGAGCUUCUUUGUUUUGGCCCUGUGCGUUGAGCUUGGAAAUUUUCUGGAAUAUUGUCUUUUUCUCGCUACACAUCGACACUUAAAUCUUCGACACAAGUUACAAGAUAUGAUAUAGCCUGAUACCAUGGAAAAUAUCGUCUGCUGAGGGAUAUGUUUGGACUGAAGAUUUGAUAGCUCAUAUCGUUGAAAUCGGGGCCCCCUGAAAUCGAGGCCAUGAAUCACGAACUUCAUAAUCUUUCAAUAUUGUAAAGAGACACUGGUUUCACGAUCAUGUAAAACAAGUCUCUUUUAUCACCAGAUAUAAGAUUGAAGUUUGCCCUGUAUCUGCAGUUGUGGUAUGGAUAACAACGUAAGGCAAUAAUGGGGCCGUUAGAUCCACAGCAGCUUCUGAGUGCUCUCAGUCCUUUGUUGACCCGCACAGGAGGAAUUAAGGGACCCGACGAAGCAGCCAGAAUAUCAGGUUUAAUGAAAGAUGCUGUGAAGAAGGUGGGAAAGUGCAUCUACAUCAACAUCCUGAAAGCUACCCAGUCUGAGGAUGCCCUGGCCAAGUUACUGGAGAGUGAUGGGUGGACGACCCUCAACUCCUGGCUGCAGGAAUGCAAGGAUGAGGACAACAAACCGCUCCUCAUAGAGAUGCUCAAGCUGUAUCAGAACCUUCCCGUCACCAUUCAAAUACUCAAGCAAAAUAAUGCAGCUAAACUCAUCAAACAGCUCAGCAAGUCUGAGGAUGAAAAAAUAAAAAUCUUAUCAACUAAUAUUGUUGAAAGUUGGAUGAAGAAGAUCCGUGGGAGAAAUAGCAAUGCCGAAAACGAAAAUGAUAAGAACAAAAAGAAGAAGAAGGACAAGCAUAAAGAGACAAAGGAUGGGAAAGACAGUAAGGAGAGGAGGGAGAAAUCUCAUCAUCACAGUGAUAAGGAGGGUGAUAAGGAUGGGUCCAACCACUCCAGUGAUCACAGUGAAAGACUAGGGCAGAAGCCUGAUUCUAAGUCAGAUAAGGACAGUAGUAAGGAGGAUGCAAAAAAACGACCAAAGACUGUGAAAACAUUUGCUGCCAAAUUUCGGUCGACUGGCAUCGGUGAAGAUAAGGCAGUAGCCCCUGUUAAAAAGAAGUCCCAAGACACAAAUAAACUUCCAUUGCUUAAGCGUUCUGUUCAAGACGCUAAGCCAGAUGAACUUCCUGAGAAGAAACCCCGCCUCACGUUAAGCAUGCCACCACUGUCUUCUGCUUCCACUCUCAACUCUUCUCGUGCUGCUGUAUCUCCAACAGAGAUACAUGGCAGAAUAAAAGUCAUUCCACCUAAAAAACCUCCAGAGUUUCACGAAAGCAGUGGUUUCAUGGACAGUUUAAUCACCAAACCUACAUCAUACGCUGUGAAGCGAAGAAAGAAGAUCUCCCCAGGGAAACCCACAACCACCCCAACGUCGCCGACCUCACCCACGAUGUCCAACACAUCACCCACGUCACAAGUCCCACCUAGUCCCACAACAGCCUUGGCUCAGAAGCUGCCCUCUGUACCCUCUUUUUACAAAGAUACUCUGGAAACAGCAGAAGAGACAUCCAAGGAUGACCGGAGAUCCCCGUCUCCUGAGGAGAAGAUGGAUACGGAGGAUGCAGAUAUGAAAUCAGUAGUGGACAAACUAGAGGGAGAAAUGGCCAACCAUGACCUUCACUUGAAUGACGAUCCUGAUCAACUAACUGAGAGCAAUGCAGAGCCGAUGAUAGAUGAUCUCCCUGAGUACUCAACGCAGGAGCCCAAGUCCUUGUUGACAACAGGAAGUACAAAGAGGCGGAAACCCAAGAAGAAUGUUUCCUGGGCAGACGAGUCGAGAAUACGGGAAUUCUUCUACUUCGACUUGGAUGAAACUGAACGAGUGAAUGUCAACCGACCCAAGGACUCCUUCAACAUGCUGAAGAAGCAAGAGAUGAUGAUGGAUAGGAAGGCCAUGGAAAGUGCUAAAAGAUUAAUCAACGACAACAUGGUUGAGGCUCUGCCGUGGCGAACCCCUCCAUUCUUUGAUGAUUCUUCCGCCUUUGACUAUGGCGCCAACAGUACGGAGAAGGACAUUCAGAAGGCCAGAGAACAGAAGGUUCUACAGGCAAUUUUCUUCUCAAAAACUAUGGUCCCCGACACUCCCAGUGAACCAGAGCUAGAGUCAAUUGAACCCUCGCAACCAAGAAUCAUUCCCCUUGAAGACGAGAAUGCAGGAGAGGAGCUGAGUUACACGUAUGAAAACCUGUACCCCCAGACCACCGUACAGCAGCUUCCCCCACCCCCCACAGUCGACCCCUACAGCUUGCCCCCAGAACUGGCCAACGUUCUCGCGUCCAUCCAGCAACAACAGCAUGAUCCAUCAGCACAGCAGGCCACCAACACAGCGCUGGCUAACAUCCAGAACGUCAUUGCUUCUUAUCUGGCGGGAUCCGAAGGAAAGACCGGGGAACUAUCUGAGAAUCUGCGACAUGCUUUGGAGCCGUUCAAACAACAACUCCCUGACUUCAUGCAGGGGUUCGGUCCAGAAAACGGUCCACCUGGUCCACAUGGCCCCAUGAUCCCAGGAGCAAGACCAGGACUCCUGGGCACAGCACCCCCAGGAUUCCCUCCCAUGGGGGGACCAAUGCCACCUCGAUUUCCAGGUCCCGGUCCUGGCCCUGGCCCUGGAAUGGGUGGUCCCGGGGGGCCUGGUAUGGGUGGCCUCGGCCCUGGAAUGGGUGGUCCCGGGGGGCCUGGGAUAGGUGGUCCCGGGGGGCCUGGAGGCCCUGGUGACAGCGAUGACUGGGGGGAGAACAUGAUGGGGGGACCUCCGCACGGGCCCCCGAUGAGAGGCCGAGGAGGGAUGCCCUACAUGAGGGGAGGACCACCUCGAGGACUGCCCCCUCGCAUGAUGAGAGGACGGGGAGGACGAGGAGGGCCGAGAACACGACCUGUCUGUCGACACUUUGUUCAGCCAGGAGGCUGCAGGUUUGGCAAUAGCUGUAACUUUCUACAUCCUGGUGUGAACGGCCCACCGAACCCAUGACCAUCCGCCCACGCAGCUUAAUAAGGUUAUCUACAGUCUGGCAACAGGCAGGCCGUCCGUCGCUGGGGCUGACGGAGUGGGUGCAGCGUGCACCAUGCACCAGUGAGUCAUUCAGGUGGCACACGGCCAUGUUACAGUCAUGUUGCAGCCACGUUACAGUGGUGUUGCAGCCACGUUACAGUGGUGUUGCAGCCACCUUACAGUGGUGUUGCAGCCACCUUACAGUGGUGUUACUGUAUUCAUAAGGAAUGUUAAGAUGUUGAUGUUGAAUGCUAAGAACACGAUAUGGUUGUGUGACAACACAUUGUUAAAUGUGAAUGACACAAAUAUGGCAUAAGCCAGAUUGAAAUGUGAACGGCCAAUGACAGUCCUCGGGCUGACCCUCAAGCUCCACCACCAUGCUACAAGAUACACUGAUGAUGUGAGGAGAGUCUCUGUCGGCGUGUAGCUCAUCCAGUCUUUCAGAAUUAUCAAGAACACUGAUGUAAUUUAGCAGUGUUGCCAGGGGCAGCUGUAUGCAGUUUUACACAACAGUCUUGCGCUAGCAGCUCGACUUGUGCACCUCGACUUGUGCACCUCAGUCAGUACUCCCAGUGGGACUAAGUCACUCAACUCCUCUCCAAAGAACAUGGACCAAAGACUUAUUUAUUCAUCAUACCCAUGUCUGUUCCCACACAGAACUGCCAAUGCAUCCCCAAACCUUGGGAGUUGAUUCCUCAACCACCGAAGUCGUUGACAUCUUGAUGUGGACAGUUCCAAGAGCAUUCCAUAGUCACGGAAUCGGAUCUCGGUCAAGUGUGUUCAUUGUUCAAACAGGAGUGUGAAGAGAUUCGAUCUCAGUUGAUACGAGCCUUGCGGACUUGUUGGCAUAUGUGCUUGACAAUCCUUACUCCAUGAAGUGUAAGAGUCAUGCCGCACAAUCUUUGAUAGCUCUUCCAACGAAGACCAUGUAGAUUCUUAAUUAUAGAUCUUAUUGAACAGCGUGUAAUGUCUUGAAAUGAAAGUCUUAUUUUGAAUAUGAUCCAAAUAUUGUUCGACAUUCAGGUUGAAAUACCAUUCAACAGACAUGCUCAAAUAUUGCAAUUGACCAUCUAUUCUAUGAACCUUUUAACAAUGACCUACUGUUACCGCCACGGUACAGGAUUGGGAAUGUUCCAGGCAAGAGAAAUGGUGCUUGUUUUCCAAUGCUCACAAGGAGUUGAACGGAUGGUGUUAUGAAACAGUGUGAAAUCAAACUUUGUUUUCAUCAUGGGAAACAAAAUGUUCAAACUAUUUUCUGUGAUUAUUAUGUAUAUGUUCUCGAUAAAUUCAAACACACUGCAUGAUCAAUCAAAGUGUCAGUGAUCAAGAUUUUAGCAUGCAGACAAACCUCUUUGUACAUGUAUGAUAAUUCAAUCAGUAGAAAUUGACAAUUUAUGAUAAUUAACUGGUAUAUUGAUCAUCGAAGUUAUCAGCCCAUGUGAGUCCAAUGUGAAAUUUUUAAAUUCAUUUGACUUGACAUGAGUGCUGAGAAGCUAAAUUUUUAUGCCUUUACGAAAUGAUGGUCUUUCAAACAUUGACAUGUGUUGACAGUGCUAGAAUCACAACACUGGCGAGGAUGCCUUAUCAGGACGUCCUCGCCGCUCACCUGUGAUCUUUUGUACAUAGCAUGCAUGAUGGAAAGCAACUUUCCUGCAUGUGUAAGAUAUUCCAAUGCAAUCUUUGUAUGCAUCGUAUGUGCACUACAUGAGCAGCUGAUGGCGCAGCUGCAUAAUGCAGCUGAAUAAAAGUAAUUCAUAUUUUGUA